AGAUGACGCUGAACCUUAACUGGUAAAGUGUAAAGGAUAAGACUCUUCGAAAGUUGAUGGCAUCUGCUUCAGGAUUAGCUGCCUUUGUUGGCAAAGUCGGCAAAAGAAGAGACAUAUGGAAGGCAGUUCAAAUUUCAGUCACUAAAAUGACUUUCAAUGACUACCUCAAAAUGGUAAGUGUAACCGUACAUGUGAGCGACAAUAACCGGUUGAAAAUUAAAAACGUGUUUCAAUAACAGUAUUUCAACAAGCCUGAAACAUACUGGGCUGCAGAUCCAGAUAAAAAAGUUAAAGAAGGAGAUAUAGUACUUAUUAGAGAGUUGGAGGAACCACAGUCAGACGUUGUUCAACAUUAUGUUCAUGACAUUGUCUUCGAAUCGGGAAAUAUCAUCGAUCCUAUAACUGGGAGGAAAUGCAGAGGGACAAAAUUUGUUGAUGAGAGAUUUAGAAAUUUUCCAAAAUUUGAAUUAAAAAAUACUUUUGCAGAGGAGGAAAUAUCACCAAUUCCUCCUUAUGUCAAAAAAUAGUUAAUACAUUGUAAAUAUUAGUUUUAAAUGCAAAGAUUUUUACUGCAAUUGUAAUUUAAUUUGUCUUUUAAGUUUUCUGCAGCAAUAAAUUAGUUUUUUGUUACUUAAUGCCGUUAAAUAUCACUUUGAUUGUUUUUUAUUUUAUAAUAACAAAAAAGUUUAUUAUACUUUUCGAAAAAAAUGACAUAAGGAAAGGCUUUUAAGUGAUCUCAGAGUAUUUUAUUCUGAGAUUAAAUUAAUCUUCAUUAUUUCCAAUAAAUAGAAAUCAGAUUAUAGAUUGAUAAUAACUCUAUGGAUACUGUAUUCUAAUAGGAGUGGUAUUCUGCUUUAAUAAAAUGGCGACAAUCUUGAAGGUUUUUGAACUAGGCCGGCAAUCAAAAUGCAUAAGUAACGUCUUCGACAGAUUGCAAUCCUUAGGAAAUAUUCAUAUGAGAUACUGUAGUAAAAGUUAUCAGAAUAUCUCUACGCUGUUAAUUGCAAAUAGAGGAGAGAUAGCAUGCCGGGUAAUGAGAACUGCAAAAAAAAUGGGUAUAAAAACUGUGGCCCUGUUUAGUGAACCCGAUCGAAACUCAAUGCAUGUGGCAAUGGCAGAUGAAGCUUAUCACAUUGGGCCAGCAGCCUCGCAAGAAAGCUAUUUAAGACAAGAUAAAAUAAUCAAUAUAGCCAAAAAAACAGGAGCUCAAGCAAUUCAUCCAGGUUAUGGAUUUUUGUCGGAAAAUUAUGAAUUUGCUGAUUUAUGUAAAUCAGAAGGUAUCACUUUUAUUGGACCUCCAUCUUCCGCCAUUAAAGAUAUGGGAAUCAAGAGUACAUCGAAACAUAUUAUGUCGGCUGCUGGUGUACCAAUUAUAGAAGGUUAUCAUGGCGAAGAUCAAAGUGACCAAAGGCUUAGAGAAGAAGCAGAAAGAAUAGGCUUUCCUAUAAUGAUAAAAGCGGUUAGAGGUGGAGGUGGAAAGGGUAUGAGAAUUUCUAAUACUGCUGAAGAAUUUCAAGAACAAUUAGACUCUGCUAGAAGCGAAGCUAUGAAAUCUUUUGGUGAUGACGUUAUGCUAGUAGAAAAGUUUGUUAAUACACCAAGACACGUCGAAGUACAAAUAUUCGGUGAUCAUCAUGGAAAUUAUGUUUACCUAUUCGAAAGAGAUUGUAGUGUACAGCGUCGGCAUCAGAAGGUGAUUGAAGAAGCACCUGCUCCAGGUUUAACGUCCGAAACUCGACAGGCUAUUGGCGAAGCCGCUAUCCGAGCUGCUAGAGCAGUUAACUAUGUUGGUGCUGGCACUGUUGAAUUUAUUAUGGAUGAAGAACAAAAUUUUUAUUUUAUGGAAAUGAACACAAGACUUCAAGUUGAACAUCCUGUUAGCGAAAUGAUUACAGAUACCGACUUGGUAGAGUGGCAAAUUAAAGUGGCUAGUGGUCAAGUGCUACCGAAAAAACAGUCUGAUCUAAAGAUAAAUGGACAUUCCUUUGAGGCUAGAAUCUAUGCAGAAGAUCCGGAUAACAAUUUUAUGCCUGGAGCAGGUCCUCUUCACUUUUUGGAAACACCCAAACCCGAUGAGUUUACACGUGUGGAAACAGGUGUUAGACAAAAUGACGAAGUGUCUGUACAUUACGAUCCAAUGAUUGCCAAACUUGUUGUAUGGUCUCAUGAUAGAAAAAGUGCCUUGAGUAAAUUAAUAUAUUCCCUAAGACAAUAUAAGAUUGUUGGAUUAGCAAACAACAUUUCCUUCCUGGAUAAUUUAGCUAGUCAUCCAGAAUUCCAAAAUGCAAACGUCCAUACAGGAUUUAUUCCUCAAUAUUACGACAAUCUAUUUGUGAAAAAAUCAGUCGAUCCUAGCGUUAUUUGCCAAUCAGCUUUAGCAUUGUUAUUGAAAAGAAUGAAUGAUGUUAAAAAAAGAGAUGCUUUUACACCGUUUUCGGAUUCUACUUUGAGAAGGGUAAAUCACGAUUUACGCAGAAAAGUUCUAUUGAAGAAAGAUGGUGCAGAUUAUGAAAUAUGUAUUGUUCCAAGUGCUAAAUCAAAUGUGUAUCAAGUGGAAUACGAAAAUUCGUCAUUUGAAGUUGAAGUACUACCAGUUAUUUCAAAUGAAAAUCGUUUGGAUUUAAAUUUUAACAUUGAUGGAGUGAAGUCAAAGGCAACAGCUGUCUUUUCACAAAAUACUAUUAACUUAUUUUCUCAAAAUGGGUCCUUUGUAUUUGAUGUACCAUUACCAAACUAUACCAAGGGCUCAUCUGCUGCUGGAGCUAGUUCCGAUUCUGCUAUAGCUCCAAUGCCUGGAGUUGUUGACAAAGUACACGUUACCGAGGGUCAAGAAGUAAAAGAAGGAGAUAGGCUGUUGGUCAUGAUAGCUAUGAAAAUGGAAUAUGUUAUUAAGAGCCCUAAAGAUGGAGUGAUUAAAAAAAUAUUCCAUAAAAGCGGAGAUACAACCAGUAAAGGAACCGUUCUUGUAACUUUUGAAAAUUGA